AUGGUUCACAAUCAUUCCACUUUGAACGCAGAAACGUCCUCAUCGACAGCCUCAGCAAUUUCUGGGUUCAAGUCUAAAACGCAGAGACAAACAUCCUUUUAUGAACAAACAUUGGACAAGAUGAAAAAGUCAGCAUCUCAACUCUAUGCCAAUCAUUCAGCCAUUCAUAUGGAUUCAUCGAAUGAUUGUGACACGAUGACGUUACAUUCAGAGAAUGAAAUGAAAAACAUUUCAGCGUCGCCGUGCAAAACGAAAGAUAUUCGAAGCUAUUUCAAAAAACAGUGA